AUGGACAAGGUUGAAAAGAAACGAGAGCGAGGAAAAAAUUACACAGAGCAGGAGAAAGAAAACCUUUUAGAAAUUGUAAAACAAUAUUUGAAUGUAAUUGAAAAUAAACUAACGGAUGGCACAAGUGUAAAAUUGAAGAAUGAAGUAUGGGAAGUUAUCACCGAAGAGUUUAAUGCAACGGCACAAAGUGGUAUACGAAAUGCAGGCCAGUUAAGACUUCUUUAUGAUAGUAUUAAAAAAAAAGCCAGAAAAGAUAAGGCCAAUCAAAAAGUGGAAAUUUACAAAACCGGUGGCGGUUUAAAUAAAUUUCAAGAGUCAGACUCCAUUGGGGAGAAAUAUUUAUCUAUGGCUAGUACUAGUGGAACACAGCCAAUAUUAAAUAUUUAUGAUAGCACCGCUCCAUUUGAUGAACUUCUUCGUAAUGAAGGUGGGGUUGCACAAGUUGCUGAAGAAGUACAGGAUCAAGGUAGUCUUGAACAAUGCACAGAAAAUGAACCUCUUAAACUACCGGAAAAGUGUAAAAGACUUAAUUAUGUAUCAGGGGUCCCGCAUCACAAAAAAAAUAAGUGUGAAGAAGGUUCAGAAAAGGAAAAAAUUAAAUUAAAAAUUCUUCAAAUUCGACAAGAAAAGGAAGAGUUAAGUAGAGACAUUUUAAAAUUAGAAAAACAGAAACUAGAGCUGGCAGUUAAAGAAAAGAUUCUACAACUAAGACAUCAGUAUGGGGAUGAGUUCGAGAAUUUAAAAAAUUAA